CGACGACUACGACUCGUCCCUUGCUGCUGCUGUCUACUUGUGGCCUUCUCCUUCACUCGUUGCGAUUACUGACCGUCUUCACGCACCACCAGAUCGACGCGCGCCGCCGGGCCGGUCUUUCUCCAUCCUGAUCUGCUCCGGCCUCCGGGCACGCCGCCGGCCCUUCUCCGUCCUCCGGGUGCGCCGCCGCCGCGGGGCGCCUAGCUCAUCGAUCGGUCACUGCUGCACCUUUAGGUUUCGUGGUCGAGGGAGGAGAGCGCUGGGGGGAAGAAACACAGAGGAGAAGUGAUUCGAUUGAGAGGAACAGUCGGGCAGUGGCCUCCAGAUCUCCGCUAGCAGCAGCCAGCAGGCAAAAGGACAUGGCAUCAGAGGAGAACACCCAAGGAAGGCAGGUAGCGCCAACGCAAAGGAAAGGCAAGAAGCUGGCCCCGCGGUCCGGCAUGUACCAGCACUUCACACCAAACGAUCAGAAGACUUUGUGGUCGUGCAAGUUCUGCGGCGAUAAGGUCGGCGCGGACACCAAUAAGCAUGGCACCACCAACCUGUGGAAGCACCACAGGAAAUGCAAGGGACGGGGCGGGGGCAUGGAGUCACAGUCACAUCCAACGAGCUCGUCGCCGCCGCCGCGACCUCAGCCUCAGCCUCAGCCUCAGCUGCAGCCCUCAGACCCCGGCGAAUCAUCGGAUCGUCGUGAGCCUGCGGGCCUGGACGACCAAGAAGCGAGCAGAGACCUGGCUCGGAUGAUCGCGCUUCAUGGGCACGAUCCGUCGGUCUUGGAGGACGACCACUUCAGGAGCUUCGUGCGCCGCCUCAACCCUCAGUUCAAGCUGCCCUCGCGCGAGGACAUUGAGGACUUGUGCUGUGAUAUCUUUCAAAUCCACAAGACCAAUAUGCACGACUCCUGUAGAAACGCUUCUGGGAGGACUUGCGCCGUGGGUAUAGCUAAAACCAUGGAGGCAAGGGAAGUCCUGUAUGCAACGUGCCAAUUCAUUGAUGGCGAAUGGAAUCUUCACAAGGCGGACGUGUAUGCUUACGUGGUUUUACCAACUGUCGGUUCUCUUGAUCAUAUGGUUAAACGUUUCGUGACUGAUCUUUCUGAGGAAUAUCAUGGCGACUAUACCCUGUUCAUAAUGGCAAGGGAAAUGACGGGCGACAUUGACUACGGUGAACUGAAGGAUAGCAUAGAGAAAGUAUUGGGGUCUGAUUCCCCUCCAACCAACAGGGAGCUAAUCUGUACCACCUACAUGGACCGGGUUCUUCACUCCAUUGCUCGAUGCCUUCUUCCAAAUCCAGAUUUCCAAAAAGAAAUCAUGUCCUACGUGGAGGAUCUGGGAGGCAUUUUUCAAGUACGUCGCGAAUGUGCACGACAUGGCCUAGAUGACCCGUGGGAGUACAAUGAAGAUUGGUAUUGGUGCUAUUGUCCUUUGGAAAUAUUUCACCAAGAUGAAGAUUUCGAAUCAGGAUCAGAAGAACUACUGCACAGUCUAUGGAAAGUGAUACACCGUGCCAUUAAAAGAGUUUCUGACUCCAGCCGUCCCACGUCAAAUCUUUGUCUUGAACAGCUUUUUAUGGUCAGGUAUGCUUUAAAAUCUCAACUGUCAAAUGCUACAGCAGCGGAUGCGGGCAAGUACAGUGGUUUUGGUGAAAAGAAUGUUGCAGAUGUUCUUAAUAAAGCACUAGAAACGGUAGACAAGGCUAUACAAGAUUCAUACCUGGUAUGGUCUAUACCACAUGUAUUGGACCCCCGGUACAAACUCAGGUCCCUAGAAGAUAAUUUCAAAAGAGCGUUUGGUCCAGAUGAUGCAAAUUGUUACACCUCCAGUGUAAGACGAAAGCUCAAAGAGCUAUACAUCACCAAUUCCAUUGAAUAUGACGACGACAUGGAAGAAGAUGAUGAUGACACUGAAGAUGACGUUGAAGUUUCAGAUGGCAGGAUUGUGGAGAUGGCCGGGGACAGCAGCACUACUCCAUUAGAGCAAUCAUGGGAUGACAGUCAUGCACAAGCCGAGACGGAACUCGAUCGUUACCUGCAAGAUAGUCCUGCCGAUCGAACAAUACAGGAUUUUGACAUUCUCAACUGGUGGAAGGUUCACGGCUCGGUUCGGUACCCAACGGUGGCUCGGAUGGCAAGGGACGCCCUCGCCAUGCCCAUAUGCAGUAAGCUAACUUCUGAUCAGAUCGCACAUGUCAGGAGCAGGAUUCGUGGUUAUUAAUAGAAUUAAUAGACAAAAUCAGUGGGAAGGCACCGUAUACGCGAUCCUCGAGGCUGCAAAAAAAGUGUUAUGAUUCAGGAGCUUGUAUGCAUGUGUGCCCACUCAUCUGUUCCUGCAGUGUUCUUCUUCGGCAGGCUGUUCAGCAGACUUUAGCUCUUUAACUGUGCUGCAGUCUCUUCAUUGUAUUUGUGCUGUUGAAUGUUGAAAUGUACUCUACAAAUAAUCAGCACCAUAAAUGUUUGUUGCCUGUAUAUGCUGUCCUGUUUAUUGCCCCCUAUUUUU